UUGCUUAUCGUGACUAAGAUGGAAGCGUCGUUGGAGUUGCGGUCCAGUUUUUGGGUCGGGGGUCCGGCUCCGGGGCAGUUUCAUCGCAUCCUGCCCACUCCCAGUUCCUUCGUGAAUCCGGCAUCCUACGCGGGCCCGAUUACGCGGACGCAGAACCCCAUGGUGACUGGGACCUCGGUUCUCGGUGUUAAAUUCGAAGGCGGAGUGGUAAUUGCUGCAGACAUGCUGGGUUCUUACGGCUCCUUGGCUCGUUUCCGCAACAUCUCUCGCAUUAUGCGGGUUAACAACAGCACCAUGCUGGGUGCCUCUGGAGACUACGCUGAUUUCCAGUAUUUGAAGCAAGUUCUCGGACAGAUGGUGAUUGAUGAGGAGCUGUUGGGAGAUGGACACAGCUAUAGCCCUAGAGCUAUUCAUUCGUGGCUGACCAGGGCCAUGUACAGCCGCCGCUCCAAGAUGAACCCUCUCUGGAACACCAUGGUCAUUGGAGGCUAUGCUGAUGGAGACAGCUUCCUAGGUUAUGUGGAUAUGCUUGGUGUAGCCUAUGAAGCUCCUUCGCUGGCUACUGGUUAUGGUGCAUACUUGGCUCAGCCUCUGUUGCGAGACGUUCUGGAGAAGCAGCCAGUGCUGAGUCAGACUGAGGCCCGAGAACUAGUGGAACGUUGUAUGCGAGUGCUGUACUAUCGAGAUGCUCGUUCUUAUAAUCGGUUUCAAAUUGCUACUGUAACAGAAAAAGGUGUUGAAAUAGAGGGACCCCUGUCUGCUGAGACCAACUGGGAUAUUGCCCACAUGAUCAGUGGCUUUGAAUGAAUACAGAUGCAUUAUCCAGAACUGAAGUUGUGCCCUUCUUUUAACUUUGAACUUGGCUGGUUGUGAAGUAGAUUUUCUUUUGUAAAAUAAAUCCUUCGAAA